AUGGGAAGAUAUAAAAUAGAGAGAAAGUACAAGGUUUUGAAAGAAGAUAAUAUAGUCAAUAUAUUUAAGUAUGUAAAUUAUGAGCAAAAUGAAAGCAAAGAAAAGAUCGCUAUUCUGUAUUAUUUGUGUAAUGUCUUAGAGGAAAGGCAUAUAAUGCUUAAUGAUCAGAUACUGCAAACAUACCUAAAUUUGCUUAAAAUUUUUGAAGAUUAUUUAAUACAAACUUAUAAAAAAAAAAUAAUUUUAAUAAAUAAAAAUAAAAAUUAUUAUAAUGAAAAGGAAUUAGAGUUAGAGUUGAGUACUUCAUUAAGUAUACUGAUUCAGAAUUUCAAUUAUAUAAUUUUACAUAUAUCUUAUUUUAUAUCACUAAAUAAUAAAUGUAAAAACAGUUCAACAUUGAGAUUACAUAUAUAUUAUUUACACGUAUUAACAUUUAUUAUAUUACAAAAAUAUAUGAAAAUAAAUGAGAAAUAUAGAUAUAAGAAGAUAUUAUAUUUAUGUUAUAUUAAUUUGUUAUUACAAUUUCUUAUGAAUAUAUAUAAUUUAAAAUUAUAUGAGACAAUUCCAGAGGAUAAUUUUUACAUAAUUUCUAAAUAUAUUUUAUUAAUUAUUAAUAUUUUUCGUAAUAUAAAGAAGAAUAAAGAUAGUGAACGAUUGUUCAUAUGUUUUUAUGAUUAUGCUUAUAAAGUAAUAGAGAUUUUAGUAUGGAAAUACAGAAUAUUGGUAAAUAAAAACAAGGAGCAUAAAUAUUAUGAAAAAGUCAUAAUUUAUUAUAAAAAUUUAAUAUCAUUUAUAUAUUCCUAUAUAGAAAAGUUAAAGAUAUUGAAGGGUGUUGAAAAAUAUAUAUUAUUUAAUAAAAAAAAAAUAUUUAAUAAUUAUACUUUACUAUCUAUAAUAAAAAACACAGUAGAUAUACAUUUUGUUAGUAACACUUUUAUAUACUCAAUCACUGAUAAUAAAUUUACAGAUUUUGAAUUAAAUAAAAAUAAAAAUGUUAUAUUUAAUGAGAUUGAGAAAAAUCCUCAAGAUGAAUUAGAGAGAAAUUCAAAAUAUGAGCAUGUUGAAUAUAAAGAUAAGCAUAAAAAAAUACGAGAAGAUAAACAGGAUGUAAGUGUUGAUAUAAUAAGAAAAAAAGAAGAAGACAAUAAAACUAGCAUAAUAAAUAAAGAUAUAAAAAAUAUUAAAGAAAAGGAUCAGCAUAAAAUAACGAAAGCAAUAUUUUUAAAUAUAAAUAAUGAUGUAGUAAAAAAUAUAAUAUUAUUAAAAAUAUUAAAAUUAUCUGAAACAUUAUUAUUAAAAAAUGGAAGAUUAUAUUUGAAUUUAUAUAUACAUUGUUUAAUAAAUAAUGUUAGUAAUUUAACUAUAAAAGAAAUAUAUAAUUCUUUACAAGAUAUAAAAAUAGUUGAUAAGAAUGUCUGUAUGUAUUAUAGAUUUUUAAAUUUGUUUGAAUAUUAUUUGAAUAUAUACUUUUAUAUAAUUAACAUAGAUAAAAUUGAUAACAUAAAAAAUAGAGACAGUCAUAAUAAGUAUCAUGUGUAUAGCAACAUGAUAAAAAAUGUUGUAUUUUAUUUGUAUGAAAUGUAUAUGUUAUUUAUUUUGUUGUUGAGUUCAGACAACAAUUUUUUAGUAUUUUUUUUUAAGUAUAUAAAUAAUGAUAUAGAGAGUGACGAAAACAGCAUUCAAGGUAAGGAUUGCAAGAAAAAUUUUUUGAAAAAUGGAUUUUAUUUUAUUAGAAAUAUAUUACACACAACCAUGUCUAACAAAAUUAUCAGUAUUAAUAAUGUGACACAACUUAUUGUGGAUUUAAUAUUUAUGAGUAAUAGUAUUUAUUAUUUGCCAGUUUUAAAAUGUUUAUACAAAAAUAAUGAAAAGUUAAAUUUAUUUAUUGAAAAUAAAAUGUUGAAAGAUUUUAAAGAAACAAAAAUAGUUGUUAAUAUAAAUAAGAAAAAUAUAUAUUUUAACGAAAAAUAUAGAAAUAUGUCAUUAAACAAAUUUAAGGAUUAUAUAUUAUACACAAAAUCUAUGAAUAUGUCUUCGAAUAAUUAUUUUGAUAUGAUAGCUAUAUCAGAUUUAAAUGUUUGGGUAGACAUGAAAAUGGAUUUUCAUUUAUAUAUAAAUAGUUAUGUAAGAUCCUUUAUUUUAUUUUCAGAAAAAAAAGCAAAUUAUAAAAUUUUACAGCACAUACAAUAUAGUAGACAUAAAAAUGUAUGUGAUGUUGUCGGUUCGAGUUUAGAGAAUGAAUGUUAUAAAAAUGGUGAGAUAAAAAGGGAUAAGUAUGUCGAAAACUUUAUAAAUUGUGUAGAUAUAGAAAAUAAUGACAAGUAUAAAGGUGGAGAAAAGAAAAAUGAAUAUAAAAAUUAUGAAUUUUAUGAAAAUGGAAAAAAAAUAAAACAUAACAAAGACACUUGUGCAAGCAAAAAGUUUAAAAAUGUUAGUUUUUCUAAUAAUUUUAAUACGAUAAAAAAUAAAGAUAAUAAAAUUGAUAAAAUAUAUUCUUCACUUAUUAUACAACAUGGAAAUAGAGAUUGUGAGGAUAGAAAAUUGAAGGAUGAAUAUUAUACAAAGUUAUAUUUUUCCUUUUUGGCAAAUAAUAUAUUAUCAAAAAUUAUGAAAAAUAAAAAGAAUAGUUGUUAUUAUUCGGAAGUACAGAACAAUACUCAAAACUAUUUAGGACUAUAUAUAAAUAAAUUACAAUAUUAUUGUAAUAAUAUAUUUAAUUGUAAAUAUAUAUUUCGUUACAACUUGAGUAAUUGUAUUAAGAAAAUAUUUUUGGAAAAAAAAAAUAACUUUAAAAGUUCAAAUAAUAAUGUAUUAUGGAAUAUAUAUUCAUUUGAUGGUACACAACAUAGUUUGAAUAAAACCAACAAUGAGAUUUUAUUAAAUAAUAAAAGUUUUUACAUUAAAGGUAUAAAAAAAAAAAAGAAUUCUUCAGUAUAUGAUGCUUUAAAUAAUAUGCUCAAUUAUAAAAGUAUCUAUUUUGAUAAUGAGAAUUAUUAUUUUAAUUUUUUAUUUAACAUUAAGUAUAUACAAAAUUUAAAUGACAAUAUUAAUGAUUACUUUUUACUAAAAAAAAAGCAAGCACAUAGAAAUCCAAUAUUUAAUAUAAAUUUAAAUAUAAAAGAUAAGAUAAAGGAGAAAAUGAAAAAUACUCGUAACGACAUUUCUUAUGAUUCAAAUCAUAAAUUUUUAGCAAAGUCGUUUGAGGAUAAUAUCAAAAUAAAUGAUGGAAGCAUAAAUAAAUCAAUACUUAAUGACUUAUUUUUAAAUGGGGAAUGGAAUUAUAAUGAUUUUUUUAGUAGUAGAAAAAAAUAUAAUGAAGAUUAUUUACUUUAUUUUCUUUUUUUAAAUUAUAAUUAUUGUGUAUAUAAUUAUAAAUCAAAAAGUUGUCUUCAAAAAUUUUUAUUAUUAAUAUUAAAAUAUUUUAAAAAAAUUAUUACACACAUAAAUAUAUAUAAAUACACCUGUGCAACAAUAUUAUUUCUAACAUCUUAUUUGGAAAAAAAACCAUUGCCAUAUUUAGAUUUGUUUAUGAUAACGAAUAAUGUAAGUAAUGAUAUGUAUUUUGGUCCUUUAGAAAAAUAUAAUGAGUUAAAUAGGUUAAGGAAAGAAAUAAAGAUGCAUCUAGAUGUGAAUAUUACAGAUGUGAGUGAUUCAAAUCAAGAAGAUAAUAAUUGUAGAAACGAUAAUAAUUUUACUAAUGAAAAUUUUAAUAAUUUAUGUGAGGGUAAAAAAGGGGAUAAUUCAUUAGAAAACAUAUGUGAAAUAAAAAAUCGAUCCUUGUUGCCUCAAAUAAAUAAACACAAAAAGAAAAAAAAAGGAGUUAAAGUAAAAUGUGAAGAUGAAAAAGAAGAUAUAAAUAAUAAGGAAAGAAAUGGUAUAUUAUUUGAUGAAGUAGAUAAUAGUUUUAAAAAAAUGUCAUUGAAUCAGAUACUUGUAAAUCGUAUUACUAAGGAGUACAGUUAUGUAAAAAAAAAUGUAUUUAAAAAUAUGAAAAACUGUAAACAUCACAAUUCAAAAAUUGAAAGCAAAGAACAUGAUAAUAAAAAGAAGAAAGAUGAGAAAUAUUUAAUUUUUUAUAAAGAAGAUUAUAAGACAAUAUUGAAAACACUUCUUACCAUAAUAGACAAUAUAAAAAUAUAUAUUUUUAGUAACAUUUUUCAUUAUCUAUAUAAGGAUCGAAGAAAUUAUAGUAAGCAUAUAAGUUUACUAUCAUUAUAUUUUUACAAAAUAUAUUUUACAAUGUUUUAUUUAGAAGUAUAUAAAAAGGAUAUAAUAAAUAAGAAUGUGAUUGAGAUGGUAAAAAAUAAGCUUAUAGAAAUAACUCCAGUUUUAUGUAUAAAAUAUAUGAACAUAUAUAAUAUUCAUAAUAUAUGUAAAAUAGAAAUAUUAAAAAUAAUAAAAGAGGAAAAGAAUGAAAAAAGAAAUAAUAAGAAUAAUUCCGAAAAUGAAGAGAUAAACUUAACAAGUGACGAUUUUGAUAAGCUUUAUAUACUAAUAAUAUAUUAUAUAGAAAAUAUAAGAAAAAAAGACAACAUAUUAUUUAGUUUAUAUUUAUUAUUAGAUAAAUAUAUAUUUCGAAAUAAAUAUAUACAUAAAAAUAUUAAAGAGUUAGUAAAUUAUAGAAUAUUUGUAUUCCUAUAUGAUAUGAACAAAUUUUAUGACUAUAAUUAUAUUUUUACAACAAUGUUUAUAUUAAUGAAUAUUAUGAGUUAUAAUAAAUUUAUAAGGAAUUAUAUUUAUUAUAUAUUUGAUUAUAUAUUUAAAUCAAAGAUAAAUGUGAUAUAUGAUUGUAGAUUUCUUGUAUGUUUUUUAAAAAAUUUAGAAAAAAGUAGUCUUGAUUAUGCUUUUUCAAAAAUUUCGAUACAAGAAAAUAAACAAUUUAAAAAUGUAAUAAAACGGAAGAAAGCAAAUUUGAUUAAAAUUAUAUAUAAAGUGAAUUUAUACGUUACUAUUAAUUAUUUAUUAUUUUUAAAAAUGUUAAAUUGUUGCAAAUUUUUUCUAUAUUUAUAUUCAUAUUUUUUUUAUGAAUUUUAUAUUUUGUGUGUUAAGAAAUAUGCAAAGAAAUAUGAGAGCAAUUAUUACAAUUACAGUGGAAUAAAUAAUUGUAGAAAUCAAAUAGGAUGUUCUUUUUCAAAAAAAAACAUAAAAUCUCAAAUUUCAAGUAUAUCUCGAAAAGAAAAAAUGGCAAAUAAAAAAAAUGACUUCCAAAAACUUAUGAGUAAUAAUACAGAUAUAUGCGAUGUAGAUCUUAAAAAAAGUGGAUCUGAUGGUGUUGUAAUAAUUGGGCAUAGAAAAAAGAAUCGAAGAAUUAAAACGGCAAAUGAAUAUCUUUUUAAUGGUGAUGCCAAAGAUGAAAAAAAUAAUAAAGAGUGUGCAGAUGAACGCAAAUGUGUAUUAAAAAGUGAAAAAAAAAAUAUGAAGAGAAAUAAUGCAGAGAAUAAUAAUUCCUUAAAAUAUAUUAAAAAAUAUACAAAAUAUAAAUAUGAUAAAAAAAUUAGUAAUUUUAUAACACGAUCAUAUUAUGACCGCGAGGAUAUUAAAUACGAAGAAAAAGGAGUAAGGAGAGAAAAUAUUAUAUUUAUAGAUAGAAGAAAUGAAAAUGGUGAAAUUGUUAAAAAUGAAAAAAGGAGAACAAUAAUGUUGAAAAAGAAUAAAAAAAAGAAUACAAUUUUUUUAGGGGGAAAUAAUGAAUUUGAUGGACUUGGUAAUAAGGAAAAUAGUGAUAAUGAUAUGAGUUAUUUAAAAAUAAUAAAAAAAGUGAGAGGAAGUAAAUCAUAUAUAUAUAAUGUAUAUGAUAUAAAAAUCGGUAAACCUGUUUUACAUAAUAAAAAAUAUUUUAAAGAAUAUAUAAACGUAGUAAACUAUGUUGUGUGUAUAUUUUUAUCUACUAAUAUUACAAAUUUAAAUAUGAAUAUGUUAAACAAUUAUUAUAUAUAUAUUAUAUCAAAAAUUAUAAAGAAGAACUUCAAAUUUUAUUUUUCAUAUUUUUAUUAUAUUAUAUUUAAAAAGAAAAAUAAUAGAUAUAAAAAUAUACAUAAUAUAAAUUUUUACAACAUCUUAAAUAAUACAUGUAAAAAUAAAAUAGACAUGUGUAAAAUAAGUAUAAAAAAUAAGUAUAUAUAUGUUUUGAAUACAUUAUCAAGUAUGUUGAGUGUAUAUAAUUAUAAAUAUGCAUUUUUUAAUUAUUAUUUUGUUUAUUUUUAUAAAAUUGUGAAAAUGAUGGCAAUGUUUUCAGUUAAAUCAAUAUUAAUUUCGAAUAUACUGAUAGACACAUAUAAUGAUGCUAUAUAUAAUGAUAAAGAUUCAAAUGGUAGCAAGCAAAUAAAUAAUAUUAGCAAGAGUAAUAAAUAUAGCAGAAAUACAGAUUAUGAUCACAAAAGUUAUUAUAUAAGCCCAGAGGAAAACAAUAAUAAAUCAAAUGAAAUAGAAGGAAUUUCAAGCUUUAUAAAUGAAAUUAAUGUAAUCGAUAAACGCUACAACAAUGAUAGAGGUGAAAACAGAGUGAUAGACAAAAAUGAAAAAGACGAAUUUUAUGAAAAUAUGAACACAAAAAAAUGGGGAAAAAAUAAUUCUUUAUUUCUUAACAAAGACAAUAAAAAUUAUAUUGAUAGUGAUAUUAUAAUGAUAAAGUGGUAUAUAUUCUAUUUUUUAAAGGAGGAAAAGACUUUGAUAAAAUAUAAUUUAAAAGAUUCAAAAUUAACAAACAAAAUAGUGUUAGAUAAAUAUAUAAAGCAUAUUAACAAUAUGAUGUUGUUAUAUGUAAUGGUUAAUUAUAUGAUAUUGGUAUAUAAAAAUAUAAGUUUAAAUAAGAUGCACAUUAUAAAGAACAAGCUAGAAAAGUUAGAUUAUUAUAAUUAUUAUUUAAUGAAAAAAAUAGUAAGUAUAUAUUUUUUAAACGUACCGUAUUUAUGUAACUAUUUAAUAGUAGCUUUUGAAUUUUUUAGCAAUUUUUGCAAUACAUUUUUAUGUAUUAAUUAUGAUUCAUUUGGUUUAACAAAACAGAUAAAGUUGAUUUUUAAAAAUCAUUAUAUGUAUUAUUUGUCAAAUUUUUCUAAUCAAAUAAAAAAUUUAAAAACAUACUAUCAUGUGAAUUACUACAAAAGUACAAAUUUAUAUUUUUACAAUUAUAAGAAAAGACCUGAUAAAUUUUUUGAGUCAAUUAAAGAAGUAGAAGAAGGGGAUAAGAAACAUACACAUUGCAAUUCACCAAGUAUGACAAAAGUAGGAAAUACAGAGGAUCAAAGAUGUGGUUCCUUUGAAAAUAAUCGAGGUUGCAUAAGGAAUUACAAUAGUGCUUAUUCAAAUAUUUAUUAUAGUGAAGGUGAGAUAAAAAGGAAUAUAUCACGUCGUUAUGAUGAAAAUGAACAAAAUUAUAAUGGAAUAAAAAAUGAUGAAAAUAGGGAUGAGAUUGAAUAUGAUAAUUAUAUAAGUGACUAUGAUGAUUAUAUUUAUAAAGAUUGUUUUUUCGAAUUAAAGGAUAUACUGAAAAAAGGGAUAAGAAUAUAUAUAAAUAAUUUAUAUAGCAGAAGUAUUAAGAAUUUGUAUUAUUUUAUAGACCUCUUUAACGAUACAGAAUGUAGCAUACAAUUUUUAAAUUUAUAUUUAUAUGAGAAUGUAAGAAUUAAAGAUAUAUAUAAUAAUAUAAAUUUUGAAGGUUUGAAUAAUAUUUAUUUAUAUAAUUCUAAGGUGUUAAAAAUAGACUAUCAUUUUAUAUCAUUGACAUUUUUAAUUUUGAUAAGAAUAUUUAAUUUUGCUUCUAAUUUUUUUCAUUCUUCUAAUUAUUUUGUACAAUUAUAUUCAAGAUAUAAAUAUAAUUAUUUCUUAUAUAAUAGUACCGCACAUAAAUAUUUUUUAUUUUAUAAUAUAUAUUUUUUUUUGACAAAUAAAAAUCCAGAAAAAAGAGAAGGCUUACUUAAUUUAAAAAUAAAUAAAGAUAUAAUAAAUUUAUGUAUUCCAGAUAUUUUUUAUUUUAACAAAUUGCUUUUACAAAAAUGUUUUAUGUAUUUAUCUUUUUUUUUCCACAAUUUCAAUCAUAUAUUAAAUGAUAUAUAUUGUGUGAAUUGUCUAAAUAAAUAUUCAGUUGGAUGUUAUGAUCAAAAUGCUAGUCCUAUAGAGCUUGGUAAAUCUCAUGAAAUGAAUGUAGAUAAAGAAAAAAAAGUAUUUAAAGAAAGAAAAAGGAUAGUGGAUGAUAAGAUAAAUAAUUAUUAUGGAGAUAGUAUAGAAAGAACAGAUAAAAAAGCCGAUGAAAAUAGCAUGUGCAAGAAAAAUGUGAAAGAUAAAUUGAAUAAUAAGGGUGAUGUCGAAUAUUAUGAUAUGUAUGAUGACAACAUAAAAGAGAACAUAAUAGACAAAGUGAUAAACAUAAAUGAUAGUGAUGAUAUGAAAUAUGAAAAGAAUGAUAAAUUAAAAAAUAAAUAUAUGUGUGAUCAUAUUGAACACGAGGAAGAUACAAAAAAUAUCAUGGGAUGUAAUAGUAAAGAAUAUAAGGAUACUAAUAAACAAGGCAUAUCCAAUAUUGAAAAAAAAGAAUGUGCCACUCCACAAACAAAAGGAAAUAAUAUUGCAUCUUAUUUUAAAAACAAAUUUGCCAAUUUAAUGAGACAUAAUGAAAAUGAAAAAGAGCCAUCUUAUAUAAUGCGCAAAAAUAGCAAUAGAAGUUUAUAUGAUGGAAUAUCUUAUACAAAUUCAGUUUCAAUUAUAAAUAGCAAAAUAAAAUCGGAAGAUUAUCCAAAUAAUAUUAAAAAGGGCAAUAAUAAAGAUAGUAAUGUGAAUAUUACGUAUGACAAAAAUAAAGAGCGUGAAGAUUCAUCGACAUCAUUUUCAAAUAAUGAUAGAAAAAAUGAUUUAGUUUUAUUAAAAGCAUAUAAAACUAUGUUAAAUUAUAAAAAGAUUAACAAAAAGAGAUUAUAUGAUUAUGUUUUGGAGGAAGAACUACGUUGUACAUGUAUAAAUAAAUAUGUAUAUGUUUGCAAUUUGAUAUAUAAUUGUCUUAUUUAUAUAUUCGAAAUGAAACUAAAGUGUAAAGACAUGACGAAAAAACACCAUAGAAUUCCAUUUAAUAUAUUUAAAAAAAAAAAGGAGAAAAACAAAAAAACAAAAAUGGAAAAUUUAGCUAGCUACAACAACAAUAAUAAUCAGAUAAUAAUUAACACGAAUUAUUUUGGAAAUGUUGAUUUUACCAUUUUAAAUAUUUUAUAUAUGAGUGAAAAUAUUUAUAUGAAUUUAUAUAAAUGUAAAUUAUUUACGGAUAUGUGUAUAUUUAAUAAUAUAAAAUAUACAUGUAUGGAAAAUAAAGAAGCAAACAAAAAAGAUAGUUAUAAAAAAAAUAAAAUUAAAAUACUAAAAAAUAACACUAAAGUAACGAAUGCAUCGAACAAUAAAUCUAUAAAUAAAGCAGAUUUAAAUUCGAAUGAUGAUAUUUCAGAUAAUCACAGUGUCCCUUUUGGAGUAAAAACGAGCAGCUCAUAUACAUCGUCAAAUAAAAUAACUGAAUCGGAAUAUAGUGAAAAUUUCUAUAAAAGUUUUAAGCAUAUACAUUCAAAUGGAAAAAUGAAUUAUGAUGAUAUAAAGGAUAGAAAAAAUAAUUGCAACUCAAUUUUAGAGAAAACUGAUAAACCAAAGAAAAAAAGCAAAAAAUUAAGUAAUUAUUUUAGGAAAAAAAAACACGAUGAAAACAAUAAUUUACUAUCAAUUUAUAAUGAGAAGGUAAAUAAAAAGAAGGAAAGAAAAAUCCUCAAAAAUUAUGAGCAUGAUAUAGAUGACAUACCAAUACAAUACAAUAAUAAAAAGACAAAGGAAGUAGUAUAUCAAGGGGAAAGCAAGAAAGAUUGUAGUCUGGCAUAUGGAUUAUCAGUGGAUACAGAAAAAAACAUCCUUAAUAGCAUCUAUACCAACCAAAAGAAACAAUCAAAAACAAACAAAAAAAAACAUUUAUCAUUAUCCAGAGACAGUAGUAAUUCUAAAAAUUAUUUGGAAAACAAAUCAAUAAACGAUAAUACACAAAUAAAUAGUAAAUUGAGUAAUAGUGAUCAAAAUAUAUACGAGGAAACAAAUGAAACAUUUGAUUGCUUUGAUAUUGAAAAUGAAGGUACUAAGAUGGGUAAUAAAAAAAAGACUAAGGCUGUUAUACAGAAAACUAAUCGAAUAGAAAUGGUUGUUAAAAAUAUGGUAAAAAAAGAAAAAGAGAAGAAAAAGGUUAAAAGAAAUAAAAAUAUAAAAAUGGAGAAGGAAAAUGAAAAAAGCAAAAAUAAGAAUAAAAAGUUGAAAAAGAAAAAUAGAAAGAAGAAGAAAAAAAGAAAAUCACCUCACGAUUACGAAAAUAUAUACAAUGUUAAUAUGAAAGAAAAAUGGAGCAUUCGGAAAUUGUUUUUUAAUAAAAAUAAGAAUAAUAAAAAGAGAAAGAAAAGAAAUAGUAACCAAAGUAAUAUAAGUGACAAUAUGAGAAUUAAUAACUUAUUUGUUAAAUAUAAACCAAGAAAUGUUAAACAUAAUAUUCUUAAUAAAUUGCUAAAAAUAAAUAUUGGUGAUAAUGAAGAGAAUGUUGAAAGAAUAAAAAAUUUAUUAAUCACAUUUUAUAGUAAUAAUAAUGAAAAAAAAAUAAAUAACUAUAUUCAGAACAUAUUUAAUUACACAUCAUUAUAUUCAAAUUUUAACGUAUUCUAUAAAAGAAAUAUAGAAAUAUUAGACUAUAAGACAAAAGUGGGAAACAGUUUGAUAAAAGUAUUAUAUUCUAUUUCUUAUAAACAUAAUAUAUCGAUAUUUUACAAAAUAUGUAAAAAGAUUGAAUACAUAUAUAAUUACUUAAAUUUAUCAUUUUACAACGAUUUAUUUAAUACGAAUACUAAAGAUAUAAAUGAUAGGAUAAAUAAAUAUUCAUUAUUUAUGUUGAUAAAAUAUUUAAAAUACCAUAUGCACAAUAAUAGACAGUUGUUUAAUAUAUUUAUAGUCAAAAUAAUAAAUUUUAUAAAUCAUAAUAUACAUAAUAUAUCAGAAUUUUUAUGUAUGCAUAGAUAUAACGACUUACUAAACAUAAUUAAUCAUUAUAUUGUGAAUACAAAUAUAAAUGAUAAGUUAACUUUAAAUAAAUAUAAUAUUUUUUUAUUAGGAGGAAAUAAAUUAUUAUAUGCUCCCGUAUCAAAUAUAUUAUUUUUAUAUUGUAAUGAAUUAAGCCUUAAUGAUAUUAUGAAGAUUUUGUAUAGUCAUCCACAGUAUAGUCUUUUUAUUAAAAGUGUAGCAAUAAAUGAUUUAUUAUAUUCAUAUAAAAAAAACACGAUAACAAAUGUAAUAUAUUUGCAAUUAUUUGAAUAUUUAAAAGUAGAUUUAGGAAACAGAAUAUUUUUUUUUAUUGUAUUUUUUUCUUUUCAAUCAUUCCGAUUUUUAUACACAUUUUUUAUGAACAUGCACACAUAUAUGAAUGAUGAAUUUUUAGGGCAUUUAUCAUAUUAUGAGAAUUUUAGAAAUAAAAGAGAAAGUUGUAUAAUUCCAAUUGAUGGGCAAGAUAACAAUCUUUUAAGUAUUUGUAAUGAUAAUAUUGAAAACUGUUUGAUAUUUAAUAAAGAUUUAUUUGAAAAACGAAAAAGAAAUAUAUUUAAAGAUAUUUUGCUAUUAUGGCCUUGGAAAAAACAAGAAAAAAAUGACCUAUCGAAUGAGUAUAAAAAUAAUAAUAAAAUAGUUACUAACAAUAUAAAUAUUAAUAAUUUUAUAUAUUUUAAAUAUAAUAAUUAUGUAAAAAAGAAAAAUGUUUUAUCAUUAAAAAUAUCGCUUAUUAAAAAAAUAUUCCUAGAAAAUUUGGAUAGCAAAAAUCGAGAUAUAUUACUAGAAUCAUGUCGUAUUCACAAUAAAAUUUUUUGUCUAAGUUUAGAAGCUUCAAAAAUGGAUAAGAAUAUACAACUAGAUUUUGUAAAAAUGGAAAUUAGAAAUAUGCUUAACAAUACAAAUAUUGAGAAAAUAAAAUUAUUAACAUCCAAUAAUAUAGUGUCCUAUUUAUCUGACGAUAUAAAAAUAUUAAUGUCAGCAACAAGAUCACCAUUAUUGUUAUCUUUUAAAACAAUAAAGAGUAAUUUGAAAAAUUAUAUGUAUUUUAAUAACCCUUUUAAACACUAUUCGGGUAUGUUUAAUAGUAGUCAUGAAAUUGAUCUUAAGAAAAUUUCAGAUUUUUUCUCAUCUACAGAGUUUGAUGUUGCUGAACAAAACAAACAAAGGAAUGAUAAAAUUUUACAUUAUAAUAGUAAUUUAUAUUUAGGGAAUAAAUCAGAAAGUAUUUUAAGUGAUAAUUUAAAAAAAAUAGAUUAUUUUAUUAACAAAAUAAAUGAAAAAAACGAUCUAUGUAACGAAGAAAAUUUUGAUGGCGAUUUUGCUCAAAGAGACUGUAUUUAUAAAGGACAUGGAAAUACCCGAUUAAUGAAUAACAAAGAGGAAAAUGAAGAAAGGAAGCAGUUACUUAAUAAAACACAUGAAGAUGUAUCAUAUAUUUAUAAAGUAAAUGAUGAUGUUCGACAAGAUAAAUUAGUUAUUCAAAUAAUUUAUAUAUUUAUACAUAUUUUUAAUGAUUACAAACUUUUUUAUAACUUAUUUCCAUAUAAUAUCAUAACAAAUAAAUAUUACAAUGUUGAUUUAAAUAAAGGUGAGAAUACUAUGGAUAGCCAUAAUAUAAACAUUUUUGUUAAAAAUGUAAAAGAGGAAGAAAAAAGUACAAAUAAUGGAAAAUCAGAAAAUAAGCGAAAAUUUUCGUUUUCAUUUCAUUUAUUUAAAAAGAAAAAGGUGAAGAACGAUAAGAUGAAAGAUAAGAGUAGGGAUAUAGGUCCAGAUACACAAAGAAGUGGUAGUGCUAUGAAUAAGGAUAAAAUUUAUACUUGUAAAGACUCACAAAGUUAUGGUAAUAUAAACUAUACAUUUUCUAAUCAUAUUAGCACAAAUUCUAAAACAAUUGAUGUUUCUAAUAUAAAACAAAAAAAAAAAAAAAAAAAAAAGUUUGAAAAUUUGGGUGCAGUUAUUGAAGUUUUACCCAAAACAAAAAGUAGACAUGAAAUAGGAAGAAAAUAUCAAAAUAUAAUAAAAUUUUAUCAUUUAAAAUUUUCAAAUAUUUAUGUUUAUAUUUAUGCUUUGAAAAAUUUUAUAUCGUCUUUGGCUGCAUAUUCAUUAAUGUCCUUUAUUUUACAAGUAAAGGAUAGACAUAAUGGGAAUUUGUUAUUUGAUGAGUAUGGAAAUAUUGUGCACAUAGAUUUUGGCUAUAUAUUAAAUAUUUAUCCAGGUUUUUCUAUAAAUUUUGAGCUUGCCCCAUUUAAGCUCACCAAGGAAAUGAUUAUGCUUUUAACCAUCAAUAAUCAGAGAAAGCAAUAUUUCAUUUUUACAUAUAUUCAUCUAGUUGUGAAAGGGUACUUGCUUUUAAGACAAAAAAGUGAUUGGAUAAUUUCGUGUAUAGAAAGUUUAUCGAAUUCGGAAAUUAACUGUUUUAAAUAUAACACCAUUGAAAAGUUGAAAAAACGAUUGAACCUGGACAAAAAUGACAACGAUGCGAGUAUUUUUAUGAUUAAUAAAAUUCAUCAAGCUUACAACAACAUAACUACUAUUAUGUAUGAUUACAUUCAAAAUAUUCAACAAGGAAUACAAUAA